AGAUCAUGUUUACCGUUGCUCCCGCCAAGCAACGGCGCUUUUGUUGGUGUCUGCAACUCAAAAUACAACUCAGUUUGUCGAAUCCAAUGCAAUGAAGGCUAUGAAGUAUCAGGCAGUGCAGAGAGGAAGUGCAUCGUGGUUACUGGACCUAACGUCAUGGUUUGGUCUGGACCCCCAUCCCAAUGCCAAGGUGAGAUAAAGACUUCGGACUAAAUUUGUACAUCACUGUCAUUAUUGGUGUAAAAGUGUUGGCAGUCGGUCUUUUUUCAUCUUUUUAUCAGUAUAGCAGUACAGAAGCCUGAAAAAAUCUAUUUAGUCUACAAGACUGCCAUUCAUUUUGAAUAAGAGCCUAACCGCUUACAAGAGAGCAUAAAAAGGACCAGAGGGUUCGUAAGUUUCCCAAUCCCCAUCGUAAUCCCUCUUAAGUUAUUUUUAGACGGUGUCGAUUUUCCCGCGGGUAAUGUUAUCUCAGACGUCGCGUGAAAGAUUCGUGGGAAAAAAUUCGAAACAUUUAACCAAUGAGAAAUGACGAUAGGAUUUUUAGAAAGUUUUUACAUUGAGCAGUUGAAUUUGUUUCAACAUAAAAACGCGGUGUCAAAGUGAAACAAGUUUAGAUUUCUUUCGUGGGCUGGGGAGGAAACGUUUCUGAGGGUGACAACAUUCAAGUGUCUUGUGCACAUAACACCGUAAAGAAAGCCUCAUUGUUUCCAUUGCCUUUUACUAGAUCUUGCUGGCUGAGGAACUUUUCAUGGCGUUGAUUUUAAGGGGAAAGACCAAUUCUAUCUGAAAAGCUGCGUGCCAUAAAGAAACGUGAGAUAGGUGACGACAAACGUUUAUGACCAUGUUGAGAUUCCAGGUGAUCAACAGGGCGCGCUCUCAUUGGUUACUUUGACGUCACAUGACAGCUGACAAUAAAACUGUUUCCCCUCAAAAUCUCUGAGUGGGCAACAUUGCAAAAUCCAUGAUGUCAGAGGGAAACAGUGCACUGUUAACCGCGAAUGUUGACCGCUAGCGAGAUUUAUUUUCAUAAAUUUGCACACGAAAAAGUUUUUCUUCCUGGGCUAUAUAACAAGUGACUUAAGUUUUAAAUGUGUAACUGUGUUGUGAAUAUUUAACCAUGGUCAAUAAAUGAUGAUAAUGACAUUUAAUAUUAUAAUGAUUUUACUUCUAGUUAUUAGAUGUCCUUUGCUUUUCGUGCUUGACGCCGAUCCACCUAAUGGUAUAUGCUCAAACCCUGAAUUAUCCUACCACUCCCACUGCUCCUUCAAAUGCAGUCAUGGAUAUCAGCUGAAAGGCUCCGAGGUGCGUGUUUGUCAACUCGACAAGACAUGGUCUGGGGCUUCAACAACCUGUGAAGGUACACGACGUAUUACUCUGCUAUAAAUCGAUAAUUGUCAAAAACGCUCUAACUGUACGUUGUGGCCAUUAAAGGAGCUGUGGUACGAAUUAAAUCAAAAUUCUAACAGAUGGAACGGCCACCAAAUUGAGUGAUACGUAAACAUAAUGGCUUAAAACAUUAAAUAAAAGAAGGUGUUUUGGGGGGGAAAUUAUGUUGAUUUGGGAAAGAAAUAAAUUAGGGUAGAAAAAGAAUACACAUAAACCAGUUAGUCCCCGCUUAUGGGAUCAGAGACACCUUGUUGUGGUGGUGGAUUAUCCGGUAUUUGUCUACUAGUUAUUCACUUCAUAUUUUUACUUCCCCUGAAUCCAAUAAUUUCCACUUUUCCAAACUUAUAAAUAUCCCCUCCCUGAUUUUUAUAAAUUGAAAACAUUCGAAAAGUCACCCAAAAAUUCUCCAAAAAUUAUUGAACCAAGUACUCCAACCUAAUUGAGUAAUUUUUUGAUUGAAUGAAAUCUUGGCUAGAUGUUUAAGAAAGAGGGCAGAAAUCUGAUCGAAAACAAUGCUUUAAACCAUACGGCCCCUUAAUUAGUGGUGAAUCCAGACCAUCAGAUGCGGGGGGGGUGGGCGGAGGCGGUCAUCCAGACCCUGAGAUAAUUUGGUGGGGGAGCUUGGUCUCCAAAAAAAAUUAUCUACUGUCCCUUUGCUUCUAGAGCCACUUGGAAGCCGUUUUAUCGACGUUUAAGAUUUUGAGUUGUACUAGGCUUCCAAGUGGCUGUAGAGGCAAAGAGACAGUAAAUAACAAAAACAUAACCAGAAGGUGUCUCAUUUUUACUUCCAUUUUUUUUCAAAAAAUGGAAUUUAGGACGUAUAUUGGUUAUUUUCAUGCAUUUUCUUAUAAAUUCAAAGUCCAACGAACUCGCACAGAGUCUGGGCCGCACUUUAUUUACUAUGUGGCCUUCGGCCGCGUUUUCAUGCCUAUGUCGUAAGUGUGUAUGACGACGGGAAGAUUUUCAAUUAAUAACGCUGAAAUGCUUUUUCCUAAGCUCAUACUAAUAGCCCAAACACAAAUAAAAUUACUCACCGAGACCUUUUUGAUAUCUGGUAAAACAAAUAAACAAACAAACAAACAACAGUGAAGGAACAAUGGCGUUUUUGGAUGCCAGGUAAAAAAAUCAAACAAAAAAUUAAAACAACAGCAACAACAACCAAAUAAACUGUACCUAAAUAUGCCGCACCAUUACUAUAAUUUUGAAUGACAUUUUUUUUUGGAAGUUAUAUCAUGUAGAAGAGAGAGUGUUUCUGAAAAACUUUUAAAACCUGGCUCAAAGUUCGUGGCAAAUAUUAUCUAACAGACCGCAUUUUCAAUCAACUUUUCAGUGCUUGAUAUGUGAUAAAACGUAAUGUCGUGUUAAUUAUUUUCUUACAAUGUAAAAAUGACUUCCUGAAAAUCUCAACUAGCUCAAAUAUGUGUGUAAUUCAAACCAUAAAACAAUGAUUUGAGCUCCAUUAUCCUCUUCGAAUACAGUGACACCUCCGGGACUUUCCCAAGAGUCCGCUUAAUAGAGGUUUGUAGAAAUUGCGCAAUGUUUGUUAAUGAUUAACAUUCAACGGUUACUCUGUACUGUAAUAUACUUCCAUGUUGUUAGGGAAGCUAAAGAUUCUAUGCUGUACUUUGUGAAGACUUUCAGGUGAACUUUUGACGGUUAAAUGUGUUGUUUAUCUUUUUUAAUCGACUGCAGUACGUAUUUCAAGGACGUAAUGCAAUACUACUAUAGUUGUCAAUUCAGUCCGGCGUCCGCUUAAUAGAGGUUUUUAACAAUAGAAAUUAGCGAAAUCAAUUUAUUUUAGUGUCCGCGUACGCUUAAUGGAGGUGUCCGCUGAAUAGGGGUUCCUUAUAAAGAAAAAUAUAAGACGUUAAUUUCGGGACCCGGCUUAGUGUCCGCUUAAUAGAGGGUGUCCGCUUAAUUGGGAGUCCGCUUAAUAGAGGUUUCACUGCAAUCGAGUUACAUGCAAAUUGUUUUGACUGUUUUAUUUGCUUUCUUUCUCAGAAACUCGCUGCCCUAAACUUCCCACUGUCCGGUAUGCCACUGUGACUCCUCCUUUAUGUGUCACCCAGCCAAUGAGAUUUCACUCAUCCUGCCGUUUUGACUGUCCUGACGGCUAUGUUAUGGAAGUUACUGGACACGUGCUUAGAUCUAGAGUUUUAACGUGUUAUCUCAAUGGAAAGUGGGAUGGUGACGUUUCUCCAUGUCAUGGCAAGUAGCUUUUAAUUUCUCACAGAGAGGAGUUCACGCUCAUAGUAGCAUCAUGGAUAAUCAGGGCAAGAUGGCGGGAAAUUUAAAGAUUUGUAUUGAAAUUCUAUGCCAGCUAUUUCUUCCUGAAUUCAUAUAUUUGAUGCUUUCUCUUUGAAAAGAGUAACUUUCGAGUUGAAAAAACAAUAUACUAAAUCUGGAGUGCAAAGAAGUCCGUGAUCAGUUUCUAGGAAAGUUUGAUUUUCCCAUACAUUUUCUGUAAUUCGACAGUAUCAAAAAUACAGAAAAUGUAUGGAAAAAAUUGAGGUUUUCUAAACACUGAUCACGGACUUAUUUGCACUCCAGAUUUCGUGUAUUGUUUCUUUCAACUUGUAAGUUACUCUUUUUUUAAGGGAAAGCAUCAAAUAUAUGAAUUCAAGAAGAAGCAGCUGGCUUUAAAUUCUAAUACAAAUCUUCUAAUUUCCCGCCAUCUUGCCCUGAUUACCCAUGAUGCAACUAUGAGCGUGAGCUCCUCUAUUCAUUUUGCCUAAGGUUUUAGUUAACAUUAAAUCGGCAAUUUUUUUUUUAAAAGAUUGUUUUUAAAAGGUACGCAAUUGUACCUUGCAUUCUCACCCAAUAACACCUCUCAAUUACAGGCAAUUGCAUCAAUGGAAAAGUGUAUCGAUGAAUUACGGACAUGGAUGCUCAUUGACAAGUUAAAAAUUAAUGAUGAUAAGACAGAAUUCAUGAUUAUAGGAACUAAACAACAACUUGAGAAGAUAAGCCCACAAACUCUGACUAUUGGUAAAGCUACAGUGACUACUGUUUCUACUGCAAAGAAUCUUGGGACAUAGUUAGAUAACCAUCUUACACUGCAAGAAAAUAUAAACAAAACUUGCAGAGCUGCAUACCUCCACAUUCAUAAUAUAAGACGGAUUCGGAAAUAUUUAACUAAAGACGUAACUGAAAAACUUGUCCAUGCUUUUGUGAUUGGAAGAAUCGACUAUUGCAAUAGUAUUCUGUAUGGGCUGCCUGAGGUACAUGUAAACAAAUUACAGCGUGUUCAGAACUCUGCUGCGAGGUUGAUAACAUAUACACCACGGACCUAUCAUAUAACUCCAGUACUUAAAACAUUUCACUGGCUUCCUGUCAAAUAUAGAGUACUAUUCAAGAUAGCCAUACUUACUUUCAAAUCAAUUUAUGGACAAUCACCAGAGUAUUUAAGAGAACUUAUAAAUAUUAGAUCUAACACUCAAUAUAACCUUCGCUCCAACAAUGGACUGUUUCUAACUUUCCCAACAAUUAAGACUAGGAAAACACUACGAGAUCGGGCAUUCUGUGUAGCAGCCCCGACAGUAUGGAACAAUUUACCAGAGAGUAUUCGUAAGGAACAAGAUUUUAAGAAAUUUAAAUCUCUGUUAAAAACUUUUCUGUUCAAAACAGCUUAUAAUUGACUUUUACUUUUAUUUUAAUUUUAAUUUCUUUUAUUAUACUAGUCAGCACAAUUAUUUGUAUAUAUUCUUACAUUUGUAUUUAUUUUUGUACUUAUAUUCUUGUUGUAUUUCAUUUUUUAUAUAUUUAUAUUUUACAUUGCUGUAAAUUUAGCGCAUAAGAUUAUAUUCAUAUAGAGUUAUGCGCUCUAUAAGUAUUAAAGAUUAUUAUUAUUAUUAUUGUCUUCUAGAAUACAUAUAAUAUAAUGAAAACCAGGCGCGAUCUGGCGAAUUCGUAAUCGAUCAAGAGCGACUCUAGCGAUUUUGGUUCAGCGCAAGGGUUCGGAUGAUCCCCUCACCGCGUCGUUUGCGCGAACGCUUAACGUUCUCAUGAUCCAUUGCGCGAUUAACUCCUUGAUCGCUCGCAGUCGUUUUUCCUACCAAACAUUUGAGACGCCUAGAAGAGAGGCAGGUUUAACGUUUUUAUCAACCGAGGUGGUCAGAUUCCAUCUUCAUAACCUUUCGUAUCAGUAAAUUUAUAUAAUUAUCUUAUUGGACGGUUUAGUGUGUAGUGCCGUGUGAUAUUUUUACGAGUCACGCCGUAUUUAAGCGAGCUCGUAGGGUGAGUCAAAAUAUCCCACGAUACUACAUACUGACACCGUCCAAUAAGAGAUUUAUUAUUCUGCUCGAAAUGUUUUAAAAUAGAACUCAGUCAAUACGUAAAACGAGAAUGCGUGACUGGUUAACGUGACUCCUUUGCAAGUCCAGUUUAGCGCGCUUUAUGCAACGUUGUUGCUGAUUGGUCCAAAGUAAAAACUUAAUUGUCAGACUAGUUUACUCAGCGAAUCAAAUUUUGUCGGAUUUCUCGGGUUUUUUUCGGCGCUCCGGGGAGCUAUCUUUCAAACAUUUGCUAGGAAAACAGAGACGGAAUGACAAAUAAUUGUGAGGCUAUUGAUGGCCUUCCGGUCCUUAUGUAAAACCGACCCAGAAGAGAUUUAUUAUUCAGCUCGAAAUGUUUUGAAAUAGAAUCAACUUCAAAAUAAUAACGUCGCGAACUAUGUCAAUAUUUUCGCGUGUGUGCGAUUCGAAAGCUUAAGAUGCAUUUAAUUGCGUAUUAUUCAAAUACUACAAGUUUAUGAAAGAGCAUACCGGCUCUACGUUGUCACGUACAAAAUAUGUCAAAUGCUUCAGAGUUGAGACAAGCUGUUAUCGAGUGGUACUUCAGAAAUUCAUCGUGACUGUGGAAUUACUGUACGAUCAAGCGGAAAGUGAUUUUGUCCAAUGUCAAACAAAAAUGGGGGCCUUUGCCUCCAGGAUCUACAGUGAAUUUAAACAAAUUGAGCCUAAUUGAAAUAGAAUUGUUCAUCAAAUGCUUUAUAGAGUCUGGUCUUCUCUACAACCCGACCAUGAAACAACAGCCAGGAAUGAUGACAGGUCGCCGAUCUGAAACAUUUGAAGACCUCUUAUAUCUUUUCUCUUCCGAGGAUAAGUACGAAGGAUUUUCCUUAUAUUAAAGGGAAGAUUGACCGAUCGACUAGAAUCAACUUCAGUUCUGUAAAUUUUAAAUGGACCCAAGUCUUUCUUUGUUGCCAGGCGUUUGAUCGCAGAGGUCAAUGCAUGUUUUAAAAAUACAGGUCAUACAAGAUAAGUCUAAACUAACGCAUGUCGCUAUGAUAUGGCUGAGAGUUAAGGUAAAUAGAACUAGGCUGUGUACGGCGGUCCACUCCGCGAGAAAUGAAAUCAAUUAUCAGAAGAGUCGCGAAAACGGACUUUUCCAGUACAAACUUUAUGCAUGUACGAUAGCUUGUUUGUCAUUUAUAUGUCAUCUAUAUGUACUUAUAUCGUUCUAUAAACAUUGUUAUAAAUGUUACUCGCUGUCCCCUUCAUAGAAAUCGAAGGAAAGUAAAAAAACACCAUAGCCAGUGUCUGUGACAAAAAGGAAAUCUGAAAAUGUCUGCGACUCCUGGUGCAUGCAUCAAAUCGGGUUUAGUUCGGCGUCCGUCGUGUCACAAAGUAAAGCUGCCGAGAUGUGAAUGAAGCUCGGCGGCGCCAUUUGAUCAUGACUUGUGAUAUUUUCGGCACCGGACAAACGAACACUUUAACUCUAUGUUAUUUAUUAGGAAAAACUUAUAAACCAGACCACAGUAGCGCCGCUCUCAAGUCACUGAAAUCAACACGCUCGACCAAAUUACUGGAAAGGUUAUUGACGUGGCGGUGAGCCGCACACACGUUCCAUUGAAGGCUUUGACAGGGUUAGUGCGAAGUUUGAAUUCAGAUGUGAAAGCUUUUAAAACAGUAAAUUCAAUGUAAUUCAUUUUGUGAACAAGUUGAUGAUUCGAUGCUCUUAAAAAUAACAGAGAAAAUUAUAUAUCAUUAUAUAAAUUUUUGCGCUUGUGUUGGUUUAUGAUUUAUAGAACGAGGAAUAUUACAUUUGGAGUGCGCCUUUCUUGGUUUUUGCGCUUGUGCCGUGCGGAUCGUACGGAUCGAACGAACCGUAUCGCAUUGUGCCCUGAUGUAAUAAUGAGAUGCACGCUCCGUAUGUCCACGGACCCUACGGAUCGAACGAACCGUAACGCAUUGUGCCCUCAUGUAAUGCUGAGAUGCACGCUCCGUAUGUGCUCAGCAUACGGACCGUUAGUAAUAGUGACGGUUUGUGCAGAACGUACGGUCCGUUAACUGCUCUUAACGGUCCGUAACAGUGCGGCAGUAUUGGAAAUGACUGCUCUAUUUAGAUCGCACGCUGUGCGGUUAUGCAUAAUUUUAGCUUUUCACAUAACGCUAAUUUAUUACUGACCAGCCGAUGCCAGGGCAUUUUCCCGCCCCACUCAUUUUUUAAGGGAAAAGCCCUGGCUACGAGGUUGAAACUGUCAGGCUGAACAGUUUUCAAAAACCCUAAUUUCAAUCCGCUUCAAUCUUCUUCAGUUUUGCCCAUCCGUGGCAUCUGUUGUUUCUGUUGUGUUAUUUUAACCUUCCUUUAAAGUUGUCAGCGGUCAUUUUUAUGUUUCUCUUAAUUUAACGGGCAUUUUGUAAUUUCCUAAUUUGGCUGAAUUUCGUCACACAGCUCCUUUAAUCUUCCUUUCGUUUGCGUACAGUAGUACGAAUUAACAUUUUCUUUGCUUAACAUUGUUGUGGCCUUAUACAGUCAAAAACCGCUUUACGGACACCUGCUAUUAUGGACAGUUUGACUACCCGCUUAACACGGACACUUUCUAUGACCCCCUCAGUUUCCGUAUUAACUGGCCUGGUUUGACUGUAUUUCUAAUCUAUAGAUCGUCAGCCCCCAACGUUAACGUGUCCUCAAGCUCUCUUAACAGCUGAAACAACCAAAGGGAAGGCGACUGGUAAGGUGUCGUGGAAAAUCCACGUGACAGACAACUCUGUUAUUGUGAAUCCCAAUGCAAAGAUCAAUGUGACCUCAAGUCAUCAACCUUCACAAGAACUUCCUCUUGGUGUGACUGAAGUUUUUGUUACUGCUAGUGAUUGCGCCGGAAAUGUCGCGUCUUGCAGGUUUCCCGUUGACAUCAGAGGUUAAUAUUUAUAGUUAAAGAGACCUAUAUUUACUUCAGGGUAUAAUAUUUAGUAUUCAAUAGCUCACGUUCGAUAUAUCAAAAUUCCAACACGACUCCGAGGCUUUUGGAUCAAAAUUGCAAAUUUUUCACGAUUCUAUUGUCUCGCCAUUUCCAGAAGAGACUUGGGCACACCCAACAAACCAAAUAUAAAAUUAUGACCAGAAAGCCUUGGAGUGGAGUCAUGUUAGAAUUUUGAAAUAUGGAAUGUGGAAAAAUCGUGUUAUUCUUAUACAACAAGUAUCAUUUUUAUGUGAAAAACAGAAAGGUAUGUAACAGAACAAGGUCAACUUCAGGGCCUGGUUUCGGAAAGGCCGAUUAGCACAAAUCAAGGCUCAAAUUUUUGUUCCCUUUUUGUAUUUUACCUUUUUAUGUAUUCCCUAAUUGUGAGUCGCAUUUUGUGCCUUCAGUAUUGAAUUUCCGAGUAAAGGCUCAACAUUUUGCUUUAUCCUGAGUCAGUGUAACAAUCGUACCUCGCUUCCAUUCAACGGACUAAGUACAAAACUGUAAAAUCGUCUAUUUAAUUAUAACAUGACAAAUGAAUACUAUAAUUGCCACCAUCCUGGAAAAAGGUAUAUGACUGUUUUGAUUUAUUAUCAAUAUUUAUCGGCCUUAGCGAUUUUAGAUCUUCUAUAAUCACUUUUGUCUUUUUAACUUUCGAAUCACCUGGAAGAUUUUGAAGCAGGCUAUCGCCUAUAACCCCUCUUCCAAACCGUGUAAUUUAUGUCUGUGGGAGAAAUAUUUUCGAAUCUGUAAGUCGCAUUUAGCCACGCUAGCAAAUUUCUGGUGACAAAUUUCAAGUCCUCUUCUGUUACAUAAAGAACCCAUAGAAACAGCGUUGUAUCCGCGUAGUAACCGCAUUAUAAUCAGCGUACUGUUGUAAUCUACUUUUUAGGCAAUUUUAUCUGAAGAGUGCUACACCAUCGUUUAGUACGAAACUAUAUAGUAAUAAAUGCCUAGUCAAAUCUUCAGUUGAAAAAACAUUGUUCUUCUGGCCUUCUCGCUCUUGUUCUUCUAUUGAGCACUCUGACAUCAGUUCUGCAUCAGCUGAAAUCAAGUACUUUUAUUUUUAUGUACUUUCCUGAAGGUGAAGGGAACUUCAUAUCUACUUAAUCGAUAAUCUGAAGAAUGCUUUUAGGAAAAGGAAAUCACCAAUCCCCUAUAGGAUUCUUCAAUACCGUAAUCCCGUCCCAGAACUUUGUGCAAUCCCGUAAUCCCGCGAGUUAUUUUUGGCAUUCCACUUUCCACGCAUACUUUCGAUCCCGAAUCUCGUCCCGAUUAUGUUUUAAAAUCCCGAAUCCCGAGCUUCAAAUAGGGGAAAUCCCGUGUCCCGAAAAACUUGUUAGGAACCGUCACCUCUGUUAUAAUUUGUUUUUCAAUUGUAUUUAAUCGUAGAUACUGAACCACCCACGUUUAGCCAAUGCCCGGGGGACAUUGUGCGUGAAGAGAAAAACAUUCAUGCAAGAGUGAGCUGGGCGGAGCCAGUGUUCUCCGAUAAUUCGGGCCAGGUUGUCUCUGCUGUUUCAAACAUACAAAGUGGAACUAGCCUUCCUGUUCCUGGUGUCUAUUAUGUUGUAUAUACCGCAUCGGAUGAAUCCGACAACAAGAACGAAAACUGCACUUUCAAAAUAACAUUGAAAAGUAAGUUACUAUCAAAUGAAAACAUUUUUAUGAAUUACUAAUAUUUGAUUGAAAGCUUUUAACAGGUGCGGACAUUUCUUGCUUGCUUAGUAUUUUACACCAGCGAGCUUGGGUCUUGCAAGCUGAAACAGAGGGAUAAUUUUGAAACUUAAUAAUUUUAUAUUGUUAACAAGACGUGUUUUGGCAGGCUUCGUCUAUGUUUACCCUCUAUCAGAAACGUCAAUUUAUUUACCCAAACAAAGUAAACACGCAAACUAGCUAAUUUCCUUCAUUUUAAAUUUUUGAUCGCAUGAAAUGUCACGUGACCACAAUUAAAUGUUAAAGCAUGAAGAAUACAUCAAGGUUUACUUUUGGUGGAGAAAAAACUCUGGUCUCAAAGCGUCAGAUUUUAGUCUUGUAGCUUUCCACUGUAUCGCACAGUCUUCAUCAGCAUAGGGGAGACAGCUAGGGCUCUACGGAGGAGAUUGGGCGAACAUUAAAAACAAACAACAUCCGCAGAUCGGCAGAUCCGCAGAUGCGCAGUCUGGGAACACCAGUCCAAAGCCAACCCUGAAAUCAGCUGGGGGGAGGGGAGGGGGUAAGAUCCUUGACCAAAAGACGUUGGACAUUAAAAGAAAAAUCAAGGAAGUCAUCCAUAUCAGACGGUAGCGCCCAGUCCUAGACAGAGAUGGGGGCUAAGAAAUUCCCGCAAUUUUUAAUCAUUUGUUGUCACGUGACUAAUUCACGUGACAACACUGAGCGUUAUUACUGAAAAGCUACAAGAAGCUACAAGACUAAAAUCCGAGAUUUUGAAACCAGAAUUUAUUCUUUCAAAUACCAAAAUUGUUAAGAAAUGAUGAAGUUUACGUGUCCUUAUUGUUGUAGACCUCAUCAUUUCCAAAGAAUCUAAAAACAGUUUUCUACGAUUUUCUUAAAGAAAAAUGGCAAUAGCCAGGUCAAUUGUUUCAAAAUCAGUGACCAGGUCGUAAGUUUAAUAAUACAAUUAUUCGUAUAUCUACCUAAAAUCCAUUUUAUUUUUGCAAACCAUACUGUUAAACGUCCAGAGGGAUACAAGUUCUGUUGUUCCUCUUGCCUUCACAGGAAAACGGUGUACUCCUUUUACUCCUCCUCGUAACGGUGCCCUGGUGUGUGCAACGAAAGAUGAUAAUACACCUUGCGCAGUCAUGUGUCGCACUGGUACUGAUUUUGAAUCUAACCCACCGUUUCUGUAUUACUGUUCGAGUGGAGUGUGGGAAAGUUUUUCGUUUUUCCAUCCUUUUAAAAGAGGUACUCCCGGGCCAAACUGUGCUGGUAAGUCUCUAAAUGUUCGUAAUAUAUUUGUUUGUUUGACCCUUAAAUAAAAUGGCAAUGUCAAGAAUUUAUUUUGCGGUGAGGUCAUUACUUGGUGCCUUCAAUAAUAAUAAUAAUAACAAUAAUAAUGAGUCUUUAUUUCAUCAAAAGAUAAAACUACAUAUCUCAUGUUACAAUAAUACGGAAGAUAAAAAAGUAUGAUAAAAAUAUCUACAUAUAUAUAUAUAUAUAUAUAUAUAUUAUAUAUAUAUUAAAAAAGUAUGUCAUUACAAUAAAUGGAGCUUAAAUAUCAACCUAUUUACAAAGGUGUUCAUAAAACGCUGUGUAUUAAUUUUCAAGCGUGCGCAGCCUUUUUUCCUAAGAUUAUGUACAUAAGUCUUCUGGACAGGAAUGAUAUCUUUCAGGGGGUGGCAAUCCGUUGAUAUUAAUUUCUUUAAAAUUUUUAUUUAAAAGGUUCUUGAUAAAAACUGAAAAUGAAAUAAAACGGCGUUUAUGGCAUCGGUCUAAAAAAUUUUGUAUAACCGUAAGAUCGGACUCCGAUGCCCCAUAGACUGCAAGCGCAUAGCUAAAAUUAGGUAAAACAAUAGAUAUAAAAAGGUGAUCUAUCUCUUCCUGAGAGUAGUGUUCCUUUCUUAGUGUUCGUGGGACGUGUAAACACUUGUUUGCUUUGACAAGCUUCGUUCUUACAUGCUCAUUAAAUUUCCCGUCACUCUGUAGAGUUACUCCUAGUAAAACGAUGCUGUUACAUUGAGGAAUAUUAUUAAUUGGAGAGUAGAGUACAUUGUGAUUUUUCUUUCUAACAACCAGCUCUUUACUUUUACAAGGGUUGCAGACCAUUUUAUUGUCUUUACACCAGGUUAAGAACUGUCCUACUAAGUCGGCAGACGGGUCGCGGUUCGUAUAGUGAUAGGCGAAAGAAUAGUGGAAUCAUCGGCAUAUUUAAAAAGAACAGGGCAACCAUUAAAGAAAAUCUCCAAGUCAUUCAAAAAUAUAUUAAAAAGAUACGGUCCGCUUACGCUACCUUGCGUGGUUCCUCUAUUGACAGAUUUCGAAUGUCCUAAAAAAUUAUAGCUAACAACACGUUGUUGUCUUGCAUAGAGGAAACGCUGAUACCAACUGAUAAUGUACGGAUUUAGGGGUAGCUGUUUCAGUUUGGCAGACAAAAUAGUAUGGUUCACAAAAUCGAAGGCCUUACUGAAGUCCAUAGUAAAAAUUCGCACUGCGCUACAGUCACUACUGUCUAAAUACUUGUAUGUCUGGUGCUGGAUAGUGAGCAAAGCGUUUGUGCAAUUACCCGCCUGUAUAUAUGCAAAUUGGGUGUGGCUCAGAUUAUUCUCAAUGACUGACUGUGCUUGCGUACGAUGCACCACCUUCUCAAACAACCGUGCAAUAACGGGAGUAACAUUGAUACCACGGUGGUCUGAGUCCUCUACAGGCAUGUCCACUUUGGGGAGAGGAUUAACAUUUGCCCUCUUCCAAGAGUCCGGCCAUGUAUGAGUAGACAGCAACAAAUUCCAAACGUGAGUAACAACAGGUGUGAGUAGCUCAGCACAGUCUUUCCAGAUCCAGCACGGGAGGUUAUCUGGUCCUGUUGCCGUUUUCUUUACAUGAACUAAAGUGUUCCACACACACCGCUCAGAUAUUUCCGGGGGCUUUACACUGUCCGGGAUAUCCAUAUCAAUAGGUCUGACGCAGCUGUCAUCAUAGCGCAGUUGGCGAAGUAGUCGUUCAGACGAACGAGAGAGUUGUUGUCCAAAUUUAUCGACGAUGACCUGCGACGCUGCGAUAGGGCGUCCACGCCCUUCCACCAAUCACCGCUACCAAUGACAGCCGGUUUUCUUCUGUUCUCGGUUAUCACCUCAGAAAUGCGCUUGUUAAAUAAAGACAGGCGUUCCUUGUUGUUUAAUGAUAUACGGGACUUAGUCCUCAGCAUACACUUGACUAAUGGGGACAUCCAAACUGGGUCACGCGAUGACAUGCGGACGGAUUUUUGCGGCAUGCACUUAUCCAUCACUGCAAGAAUCUUUUCCUCAAGCACCUCGACCGCCUUGUUGAUGUCUACCGCGUUGAAGACGUCACUCCAGUCCAGUGUAGCCAGUGCCAUGUAAAAAACAAAAAAUCAUACACAAAAUCAUAAGCAUACGGGCCGGGGGCCCCCCAAAUUUUCGGCAACUGAGAUUUUUUGGGCAGCAAGAGAAAAUUUCGGCAAAGCCAGCUUUUAAAGACGUUUCCAUGUUUAUUUUAUUAUUAUUUUGAAGAAGUAAUUUUUUUCCAUUUUAACCUGAAGUCUGCGUAAUAAUCCAGUUACAUUCACACGAGAGAGCGGUUGCCUAGCACGUGAUGAGUUUUCUGGUUAUAAGGGAAGGGUAUCACAUGCUGAUUUUUUUAUUGUUGGGCACUGUAUACUGCACUGCACUAGCUAAAAUGGGCUAUUUCCAGUCGUGAAUUGAUUACAGUAAACUUCGGCAUAACUUUCUAGAAUCACCUCCGCUCGUAGAACAGUGUAUGGAAGAUAACUUCAGCAAUGGGUCUGAAAGUGAAGAAGUGGCUGACUAAUUCUCAACUUAAAUUACGAGAAGAAUCUUAGUUUUUUUAAAAAAAUCUAUCGAGCGGUUUAAAAAUUAUUCACUAAUUUGUUGAAGUAAACCGAAAUGAUUACAAAAUCGCUAACAAAAGCGCCAUGAUACAUACUAAUCAUCCUUCUUUGUAGCAAUUGGUCAGGAGCUUUCUCCUUGACCUUUCACACAAAGUUUUUAAAAAGAUUGAAACUACUGUGAGGUGAAAUUGUGUGUCAAAGCUCUUCGUUUUCUUCAGAUAACGGCCAAACAUCAAGAUUUUCCUCUUUUUACCGUAUUUCUAACGAUAAAAACGUCAUUCCAAAAUAUCUCCAUAACGCUCUUACAUAUUUCGUUUUAACUUCACGAACAUCAAGGCGACUACUGGAGGAAAAAGUUCCCGUGAACUAUUUUGUAAGAACAGUUCCCAGUAAGAAAUAUUGCUGCAAGUAUAAUAGGUAAUGGCGUCAUCUCGUUGCUAUGACAACUUCGAUGUCAUUGCAACCCUGAUCAUGACAAAUUUUCGUCUAAUUUUUUUUUUUCAUUUUUAUCUCUGUAACACGACUGUGGUGGCAAUGUUUCCAAAUGUUUGUUUUUGGCGACGUAGUUUAUGCUUAAACUUGGCAGGUAUUGACCCUGAAAAACUGUAUCAAGCCACUUUCCACAUGCCAGUACGACCUAUGUUGUUGCAUCGUAUGGCCCUCGUUUCUUUUCGACCUUUUUGUAAAAAAUUGGGCAACUUGCAAGAAUUUUUUGGACAAAUGGUUUACUGCCCCCCCCGCCCCACCCCCCCGGCAAAACAUUGUCCGUACGUCUAUGCACAAAAUGCUCCUUAAGAGUAAUGGAGGCGAUAUGAAACAAGUUUCCUCAGGGAGCACUAACCGUUAUAAAUGUUUUGGUGAUUUUUAGGUCAACUUUUUCAACUUACCGUCUGUUCCAACAGACUACAGGAAACAGUUUCAUGCAAUGCUUGAAUAUAGUCUUAAAUAACAAAACUAGACCAUUACAUAUUAUUUUUGGAAUUAAAUUGAUGUGAAGACACUUCUUAGCUUUUUAAAAAGAUAACAAAUAGCCUUUAAAGUUCCAUUUAUUAUUUACAAGGCUAUUUAUUAAGCCAAACAGAGUGUCCCGUUUUAGUCAGCCUUAUAUGUUUUUAUACUCAACAGCAAAACAGUGCAGAUUCUUGUCAAGACACUCAAACUUUAAACCUCAAAAAAUGUGAAAAUGGCGUCAAAUUUUGCUCUUAUUUCGUCUUUAUGAUUGAACGCUUGUUUAAAGGUAAAAUUCAUUUUCAAUUCUGCAGAUGCAAUCGAAGCACAAGGGAUUGAUUACACGUAACAGAAGUAUUAAAGAAAAGUACCAGCCAUUUUGGAAUGAUGUGUAUAAAACACUCCUACUUGUUUACCAACGUUUACAUAAUACACUGUACAUACAAUAUAACUAGAAAACGGUAUUGUAACCUGAAAUAACCAGCUGACUUUAAAAUAUCGAUUCUUUGCCAUUUACAAAAAUUUUCCAGAGAAUCCGACUAAAAUGUAAACGAACAAGACUUUCCUAGUCAUUUCAGCGGAAAAUUUUCCGGAGAAACCGGAAUUACUUCAAAGGUAGUCCGAUCUUGCUGAUCAGAAUGUUCCGAACGGAAAUUUAUUACCAAUUCCUUUGAUGCCAUCUUUGAUACCAGUUUCAGGCUUCUGCGGCUAUGUUUUGGCAAAUGGAAGUGAUUUGUGCAGAUGGUAAAUGCGAAUUCCGGGACGAAAUACUGUAUCAGUCCUGACAUUUGCUUUAACUGGUUUACCCAAACGGUGAACCAGAUCGGUUUGCCCAUGUAGAUGGGUCAAACAACCAGGUGACCGUUCUUUAAAAUAAUAAAUUAAAUCAGAUUGGGACGAUCAGAUUGCGCCGACGGCGACGGCAACGGGAACGUCAAUAAGGCCCCGUCCACAUGUAUCCGAAGAUUUUUGUAUCCGCAAAUUUUUUUUAUGCGGAUACAAAAAUAUCUGCGUCCACACGUAGCGUAUACGAAUCGUAUACGACCGUCCACACGUAUCCGAUUCGUAUCCGGACAUCUCGAAGGAUUAGUCAACAGAGCAUGCGCAUUACAAAGACUGUCACUACUGUGACGUCAGCGUAUACAAAAAUACACGGGAUACGAGCGUCCACACGUAUCCGGAUACACAGCGUAUACAGAAAUUUCCACUCUGGAGAGCGUAUACAGAAAUCUCCGGAUACACCGAGCGUAUACGGCGGACACGUGUGGACGCUAGGUGUAUCCGCAUAAAAAAAUUUGCGGAUACAAAAAUCUCCGGAUACGUGUGGACGGGGCGUAAAGCAAUAGGUUUAAAAGCAAACAACAACUCCGCACUUGCAUUACGCUUUUUAAUUUUGUGCAUUUCUUUGCUGUCACUGUACGACUACGACGUAAAAGUGCCUGAUUUUACCUUCUAUGGAGGAAGCGAGCGACGAUGAAUUUUCUUUUUCUUGUGAACUUGGAUAUUGUUCUUAUGAAUUCAGCUCCAGGAGAGUUCGGAUACAUUCAACGAAGUGAGUUGGAACGUUGUAGUCAAUUUUUUUUGUCUCAGGUGAUUUUGUUUUUCUUUUGUUUUUGGGUGUGGUAAUGUAUGUUGAUGAAGGUGGAACAAAAGCAAAAUAAAAAGUUACCUGAGAAAACAAAUUAACUACAACAGGAAUAAUCGCGACGGCCGAUUGAAAGAAAGCGACAUCGCCUUUUAGCCGACGCUUUCGCCGCCGUCGUCGGACCUUAGGUCACGUUGACACUAUACCAUAUAGCUUUUCGUACCGACACGAAAAGUUAUCUGUUAAAGUAUGAACACCUACCCGAUAUGAGACUCUUCACUUUAGAGAUCCCCACGGCGCAGCUUCCAUCAGUUACACUGAGAAAUCCGCCGAAAUCACCAUUCUGAGUAAACAGGAGCCCUAACCGGUAUAUGGAUUUCGUGCCGGCACAAAAGCUAUGGUAUAGCGUCAACACAACCAAAAGCUCCCUACUGUAUGUACGUAAUUCAAUAAAGAUUGCUUUGACGUGGUCAUCGGUAAUUGGGCAAUUAGGUAUACGGAACUCACUGCAAUGAUCUGCCUGAGUGACUGCCAAACAAUUGGUUCGCAGUACGCAAUUGCCAAUACCCAAUGCAACCCGUUUAUUGAACCGCUCAUAUAAAUGAUAACGUUCUUUUCAUGCUGAUUUUUCCUUACUUUUGCCUUUUUCUAAAACCUUGUUGCAGUUGAUGUAAAUUCUCAGAUGAAGAACUUUCCAUAUUUCUACUUUGAUGGAGAUGCGCCUAACGUCCAGGACACAAUAAAGAACAACUUCUACCAGUUGUUAAUGUCACCGUAUCUUCCACCUUUUUGCAAGACUUCCCCCCAUUUAUGCUUGAAGAAUGACAUGUCUGUUUCUCUUGGAGUCAAAGGUAAAUGUUAG